AUGCUCAAACAUUGGGUUACGAUUCAGUCUAUUCCAAGUGCCAAUUCAGAGGGAUAUAUUCUCACAGAGCUUGAGCAAACUGUCUCCCUGACCUGCAAUGCAGGACAAGAUAUAACCUCAGGCGAUGAUAAUGAGUUGGUUUGGCUCAGGAACAAUGAAUUGGUUUCUCUGAAAGAUAAGAAUAAAAAUGGCACCAGCAGAGUAUGCAUUUCUCCGGUGAUUCUGGAAGACAGGGAGACCAUUUUCACCUGUCACCUACGCAGUAACGCCUCGGAUAAGGUCUCUGUUGUACUCAAUGUCACAUACCCUCCAGAUUUUACAGACCUAGAGGAGAUCACUGUAGAAGAGGAAGCGACUCUGAUUUUAAAAUGCAACAUAGAGGCCAAUCCUCCUGUGUCGUCAGUGGUUUGGAUGCUCAACAAGACCGCUGUGGAUUUGAAAGAAAGUCAGCUUACUCUGACCAACAAUGGACUGUCCAGCACACUGUCCACUGAGAAAGUAAAACGGAGCCUGCAUGAAGCCACAUACCAGUGUAUUGUAGAUUCACCUUUGUAUGGGCCCAAGACCAAAGAGUUCACAGUUAAUGUCACAGAUAAGACCUUGAAGUUCCCUCUGUAUCCCAUGAUCGCAGGGAUUGUAGUGGUAUGUCUCACUUCAUUACUUGCUGUUGCAGCACGAUGGAGGAAAAUUGUAAAGUGCUGCAAGUAACUUUUUUACAAGUUUGAAAGGAUGCACCAUAUGGAUUCUUUCAUACAUAGUUAUAGGACAAAAUGUAAUAAUACACCACAUAUAUUUAGCUGUCAGAAUGACAUUUGCUAUUAUUUAU